AUGGAUGACUAUAAAAUCAAUGACACUUUAAAAGAAUUGAAGUCUAAAAAUUCAAAACUUAAGAAACCUUUAGAAAAUAGGCAUGAAGAACAAGAAUAUAUUUUUGAAAACAUGACUAAAGGCUUUGAAAACGAAGAUAUUGAAGGAUGUAAAUCUAACCUUGAACAACUCAAAGAUAACUCAAAGCAUAUACGUGAAAUGAUGAAACAACAAAAUGAAUACAUCCAGACGUCGAUUACUAUCGCAGAAAAAACACUAAAUAUAUUAAACGAAGCAAAAACUUUAAGUUGUUUAAUGGAUUAUAUCACUGAUUUUAUAGAUAUUAUAGUAGAUGAAUUAACCCAGGAAUUGAAAUAUGAUAUAACGAUUGAAGAAUUUGAGUUGUUAAUGAGAUUUAAAAGGAAAAGUAACGUCGAAUUUCAUAAUGAUGAUGAUGCAAAAAAACUUCCCGAAUCAAUUCCAGAAAUUUCGAAAGAAUUCAAGGUUCCGUUAAUUAAAGUUCUUAAUGCUCUAGAAUAG